AUGUCGCGCGCGUCGAGCUGGUUUUUCGCCAACUGGGCCAACAUCAGCGCCGCCUUUGGCGUUCUGGCGCUCUCAAUCUUGGCCUCGUACUGGGACCAUUUCAGCAUUGCGCAGCGAUGCCUGUUGGCCAACGUCGGUAUCCUCUCCCUCCACUUUUGGGAGGAGUUUGUCAUCCCAGGCGGCUUGCCUUCAGUCUGGAACGUUGUGGGCUGGAAAACGGCGACAGAGAACGCAGACCACUACCCGCUCAACCAGCGCAACGCCGUGCUCGGCAACUGGUGGUUCCUCUUCCUCCUCUACCUCCCACCCGUCUUUUGCAACACCGUCUCGUGGUUUACCCUCGUCCCCAUUGUGUUUGGCCUGGUGUGUGAAGCUUUCAUGCACCUUGUCGCAUUCAACAUUGUCCUCGGCACGUGUUACAACCCGGGCCUGUUCACAUCCCUUGGCGGGUUUCUUCCCGUCGGCAUCGUCUACCUCGUGCACUACGCGGGCCAGCACCCGGUCCUCGACUGGGUCAAGGCCCUUGGAUUUGCACUGUCCAACUAUGUGUUCAUCUUCUACUUUGUGGGCAUCUACAUGCUGGCCAAGCCAGGCGACGACCGGUACGCGUUCACCAAGGACGAAAUGGAUCGCUUCAGCCGCACACGCUACAACCCGAUCACCUGGCUGAAAGUCUACCGCGACAACUGGUACUACGUUGUCGGGGUUGGUUUCUUUGCUGGCGCCUAUUUCAUGGCCUUCUUCGGCCACCUGUUCAGCCAGAUCCAGUCGAUUCUCAUCUGGAACACGCUGGCCGUCGCCGCCCACCAGAUUGAAGAGUACAUCAUCCCUGGUGGAACGACGCUCAUCAUCAACGUUGCCCUGUUCAAUGAACGACGCGACUAUGACCGCUACCCGCUUAACAAGAAGGGCACAGCUGUGGUCAACACGCUUGCCUAUCCGUUCUUCCUGGCUCCGGUGCUAUGGCCAAACGAGAUCUGGCUCGGCCUCACGCAGGUCUUUUUCGGUGUCGCCCAAAUAUUCGCCCACGGUUUGGCCAUGAACAUUGGCGUGAACAUGGGAUACAACCCCGGACUCGCUACUGCCGUGCUUCUCCACCUCCCCAUCGCCGUCCACUACAUUGCAUACGUCCAGGACCACGACCUUGUGCGGUAUACGGACUUUUUGUACGCCAUUCCCUUGCUGCUCGCUGCCACCGUCGUCAUCGUCCUGGUCCCCAUCCGCUUGAACAGGGACCGUCAAUCGCCGUACCCUUUCACCCCCGAGGAGAUGGCCAGGUUCAACGUUCUCAACAAGUUGAAGGCUAACCACCUUGUCGAUGAGCCUCUGGCACCGACCUACAGGGACGAGGAAGUUAGGGAUUAA